AUGGCUUCGUGUAUGGCACGAGCAAAACUCCCCACUGUGACAGACCGUGAGGCCAGCCCCACUAUUCCUCGGGCAGCGCAACACGCAGUAGCGCUGAGUCAGGCGACCAGGAGUGCGCCUUUGACUGAACCAUUUAAUAGGCAACGUGAUGAGAUCCAAGCAUCAUUGUCACAGACUUCCAGUCACUGGGAUCGUUCUGCGUCCGGUAAAGUUUGCUGGUGCCGUUCAGACUUCACCGAGGCAAUCGAUCUGACUGCCCGACACAGUUAUGAGUCACGGAUCAAUCAACACAGAAAUGAAUUGGAGAUUCAGUUGAACUUGAGUGAGCCUGCGUACCUACGCUAUCCGAUCCCGCUCGAUUUUAAAACAAUCGGUGAUUUCGAACAAACAAAUCGACCGACUCCAGGUGCCGUGGAGCCGAAGAAAAAACCCUGA